AUCGAGUCUAACCGGAAGUGAAAAUUGUAAACAUUAAAAAUGGCUUCUUCACAAGAACACGUGGAAAAUCUUGAUUCAGAAGUUGUCAAAUUAUUGAAGAAAUAUAAAGAACUAAAGAUCGAUAAAGAUAGCAAAAAGAUAAAAUGCAGUCUAUCUGGUCAUGAGAUGACAUGUACUCCCCUUGCUAUAACUACUUACGUCAGUGGUAAAAAAUUCAACAAAUUACGACAGAAGAAAGAAUAUAAUUACGAUGAACAUAAAACACAUCUGGUACCUAGUAUCAAAAAAUUUCAUUUGAAACAUUUAUAUUGUCCCUUGACACAGACACAUGUUAAUGAUACACCAGCAGAUAUAGAACGACAUAUUACCGGCAGAAAAUAUAAACGAGCUUUAGCAGAAUGGAAGAGAUGUCAAGAAGCCGGUGAAAGAUUUCGUCCCUUUGGUAAUUUAAAGAAACAGCGACCAGAUGAUGAUGAUAACAUGUCUAAUUCUAGUGAUUUAACUGGUGGAGGUGGGGGUAUAUUAGAUUCAGAUCAUGAAACAGACAGUAAGAAAGAUACAGAAGAAGAUAAUUUCUCAGAUUUAUAUCCAGAAGAAAAUGAAGAAGAUAUGAAAGAUGGUUCAGGGUCUGAUUAUGAUUUUGAUGCCAUGGAUAAUAAACCUAAACACACAAUUAAACCCAAACCAAUAAAACUCACUAAGUCACUUAAUGGUAAUGUCGGAAAGAAAGUGUUACCACAAAGAAAAAAGAAAGUCAAAAGAUUGAAGCCAUCUUAGUUUAUGUAUAUUUAUUAUAAUAAAAAAAAAUGAUAAAACUGAUAUACAAUGUAUUGUUCUAUUACUUGGAAUGGAUUAGUCA